AUGGAGACAUUGGAGACGGUCCAAGCCCGCCACCGCAAAGAGCAGCGGGACCUGCAGUCGCGCGUCACGAACAAGAAAAAGAAUGCCACCAAGAAGACGCGCAAGGGCGUCAACGAUGAGUGCGCCGAGCUCGAGAGCCAGCUGAAGGAAAGGCAGGAGCAGGAGAUCGCCGCACUGAGCGGACACGUCGACGAUGCACAAGAGGCAGACAGGACAGAUGCAGCAGCCGAGGAAGCGCAAGCAGAGCCCGACGGCGCGAGGAGCCCACAAGCAAACGACGCCGCGGCGACGACGAACGGGAUCACACAGCAACUGAAAGACACGCAAAUAGCCCCGUCUGGAUCAGCAACGCCGUCCAUACCAUCCCCGUCCGAGUCCGAACCACCUACACAAGGCAAGAAGCGCAACCGCCAGAAAGACCGCCUGGCGCGCCGCGCCGCCGAGCAGGAAGCAGCAGCCGCGGCGGCAGAGCAGGAGGCGACGGGCAUGACGGACCACCGCAAGAUCGAGAAGAAGUACCUGCACGCCGAGUUCGAGGCCCACGGGCUGGUCGAGAAGGACAUCGAGCCCGACGGGCACUGCCUCUUCGCGGCGGUGGCGGACCAGCUCUCGCAGCGCGGGAUCCCACUCGUUUCCGCAUCUAACAUAGACACGAAAGGCGUGCCGCGGUACCGCAUCGUGCGCCGCGCCGCCACGGACUACAUGCUGGCGCACGCGGACGACUUUGCGCCGUUCCUCGACGGGGGCGAGGACCUCGAGGGGUACACAAGCAAAAUCAGGGACACGGCCGAGUGGGGCGGUCACCUGGAGCUGAUGGCGCUGGCAAGGCGGUACGCCGUCGAGAUCAAGGUCCUGCAGGACGGGCGCACCGAGACCAUCGCGCCGGAUGAGGGGUCCAAGGGGGACGCGGAUGCGAAGAAGAAGAUGAAGAUGGAGGGCGAGGGCGAUGAGAAGAGGAUCUGGCUGGCUUAUUAUCGCCAUGGGUAUGGGCUGGGCGAGCAUUAUAACUCGCUAAGGAAGGCGAGGUGA